CACAACACAGCGAGACUGGGCCCGAGGGUGGGGCUUUCUGUCUUGUUUGGCGUUUCAUUGGCAGGAAAUCUGUCACUUUGCGCAGGAAGUCAUCUGUUGAGGAGCAGACACUACGCGGCAGAGCUUCUUACCAUUCAGUCAGCAGAAAAUGUUGGAGAUCCUGCAAGAGUUGCUGCGUGCUUCAGAGAAAGCUGCCUGCAUUGCACGUGCAUGUAGGCAGGAGGAAUCCCUUUUUCAGCUUUUAAUAGAAGAAAAGAAAGAAGGAGAGAAAAAUAAAAAGUUUCUCACGGAUUUCAAAACAUUAGCUGAUGUCUUAGUCCAGGAAGUUAUAAGACAUGACAUUGGAAAAAAGUUUCCAGGUCUGGAAAAAAACAUUGCUGGAGAAGAAUCAAAUACUUUUACGAAUGAACUGGGAGAAAAAAUUGUAGUUCAGAUUUGCCAGACAGAGGAAGAAACUGCCAAGCUCCUACAGACUGUUCUUGAUAAUAAUGAGGCUGCAGCUAAGGCACUGGCAAGAGCUGCCCAUCAAGAUGUGGAGCUGUCAGUACCUACAGUAGAUAAUGUCAUUCUGAACAUUCCUCAUAGUAAGAUUGGCAUGUGGGUGGACCCUAUAGAUUCAACUUACCAAUACAUAAAAGGGUCAGCAGAUAUAAAAGCAUGUAAUGGAAUUUACUCUAAGGGACUUCAGUGUGUGACAAUAUUGAUUGGAGUGUUUCUGACUGAUACAGGACUGCCAAUUAUGGGUGUAAUUAAUCAGCCUUUUGCCACAAGGGACAAAGAUACCCUCAGAUGGAAAAGCCAUUUAUAUUGGGGAUUGUCUUACAUGGAUAUCAACAUCUGCUCACUAGAUGUUUCAGCCAGUGGAGGGAUAAAAGACAAGACAAACUGUUCUUCAGAAAAUGGUGGUGCCGCAAAGAAUUCUUACUCGGCUGUCACAAGUUCUGCUGAAACUAAAGAUAUACUGAGCUCUCUGUCCACAGUAUGUGGCGACAACCUACAUUUUGCAGCUGGAGCUGGUUACAAAUGUCUUUGUGUAAUCCUGGGUUUAGUGGAUUUCUAUGUGUUUUCUGAAGACACCACUUUCAAGUGGGACUGUUGUGCUCCUCAUGCCAUCCUGAAAUCCCUUGGUGGGGGUAUUUUGGACCUUUCCAAGUAUAUGGAAUCUAUAAGGAAGAGGAAAAUAUUUUCAGAGAGGCCUCAUCUUGUGUACAAUGUGCCUGUAGAUGGAGCUGUGGGAGCAGAUAUGUGGGCUAACGUAGGUGGACUUGUGGCCUACAGAUCUGAUAAACAUCUAGAACAUUUUAUGGAUUUAUUUUUUAAAAAACUGCCUCUGCAAAGUGAGCUACAUUGAAAGAAUAAAUUAUAUUUCUCAUUUUUACAGUAUUAACUGUAUAUUCCAUACCUGCUCUGUAUUUAAGACUUUUGAUUGCAUUAUACAAAUAAGGGACUAAAAGCUAAAAAGUAGGUAGAUAUUUCCCUGGUGUUUUGGGUGUUUUAAUUGGGCCUCUGUUUAGGGCUGCCUUUGCGAAAUAAUGUAAAAAUGAGAAUAUGAUGUAUUAUUUCACUGUUACAUAAUUGUAUAUUCCAUACUUACUAUGUAUUACAUAAUCAUUGUUACAUUAUACAAAAAAAAAGGAACAUUGCAGAAAAGUCAUCAGAAAGCGCCCAAGUGUUGAACCUGAUACAUCGGCUGCAUUGAAUAGAUCCUGUUUAGAUCGAGGGUGUUGUAUAGGACUCAUGGAAACUCCUAUAGAAAGAGAACAUGGACCUGUUUGAAAUUAAUGCAGUUUUGUUAUGUGGUCUAUGAAGGUUAUUCAUUAACAUCAAAAUGAAAAAUUGCCUCACUGAACAUGGGCACCUUACUAAGAAUUUUGUUUAGUCUUCUACUUAAUAUCUUUUUUCCCCAAAAAAAUCUAAUCGGACAUUAGAAAUAAUGUCUUAAGACUCAAAAUAAUAUAUAAGGAUAUAUUUACUUAAGUACCUUUUUCUAUCUAAUGUUUGUAUCUCUCUUUUUUUUUUAUUGUUUUUAUUUAUAAUUACUGUAUAAAUCAAAUUAAAUACAGCAACAUAAUAUUCUGUGUAUAUGCAAAAGUUAAAAUAAAGUGAUACCAUCGCUGAA